ACAUUAGGUAACGGCCCAAUAAUAGAAAACUUUUCGCGGUAAGAAAUUGUGCCAUAGGAAGCUCCGCAUUCAAUUUCCGAGCGACUUGCUCUACUAGUUUUAACUUCUGUCAGAGAUAAAUUAUUUGCUGCGCUUGGAUACUAAUUUUGCUAUCAAUUCAGAGAUGGAGGUCGGCAGUAAGAAAUUCACCGACAAAAAUAGAUGCCGGGAGCUGGCAAUGUCGUCGUCGUUCUGCCGCAGAAUAUACUCGGAGGUAGAAGAGGUUGGAUGGGAGCACCUACUGAAAAUGGGAGAAGAUCUCACAUUUCUUAGGUUUUGUAUCAUGGACAAUAAGAGGAGAGCACAUAUUCUGGAGAUAACUUUGGAUAAGACCUAUCCAAGGUCUCAACCUUCGGUAUCAGCGGAUGUGCCUUAUAAUUCUGAUCUGGAAUGGUCACCAAACUCACGGUUAAGAGAUAUUGUCCAGCAGUUUCAGAGGCAUGUGGAUAAGCUCCAGGAUUUUUGGUCCACUUUGGAUGACAUUGAUCGGUCUCUUUUGGUUCUUGAUCCAAAGCACUCACAUCAUGCAGUGUCAUAUCGCCCAAUAAAAAUAGGAAAUGAUUGCUGUAUGGUACUAUCUAUCAAUGUUGAUGAUCCAAGAUCCCUGCCAGAAUGUCGCUUCCUUGGUUCAGAUACGGCAGUGAAUGUUCUGAGAGAUAUCUGGAAGCGAAAGUGUAAGGAAUGGGCGAGAGAAAAAUCAUUUCUUGAAAAUCUUCUGCAUAUAUUUGGCAAUCUGUUACCACAACCUUCGUAUCUCCAACAGAAUGAGGAGCAGGUUGAAUGCGGCAUUUGUUAUGCUCAAUAUCUUCCAACAGAUGAUGAACUUGGAGCCAAGAGUGGGACUGCAACUGAUUAUUCUUGCGAAAAUGGAAACUGCAAUCGAGCAUUCCACAGUGUUUGUCUUGGUGAUUGGCUCCGCUCCAUCACGACUACGAGACAGUCAUUUGAUGUUCUGUUUGGGAACUGCCCUUACUGUUCAGAUCCCGUUGCAGUCAAACUGAGCAUCAAGAAGUAAAAACAAUGGCUCCCAUCUUAAAGGGUGAAUUGAACUGAAGAAUAGUUCAUUUUUCUCAUGGUAUAAGUCCGUGUAUUCUAAAGGAGAUGUGUGUUGGGAGAAACGAGGCAUACGAAGCAAAUCCCUAGUUUCCAGUGAUUUUGUGAAGCAUUCUCAUCUUCUGUAUUUAUGAGUUUUGGUAAUGAGAAUGAGCAGGAAAUCUGAUCAAGAUUUGGUGUGCGAUACAAUACAAAUAUACAAUACAGCUGGGAAUGAUUGAUAUAUAGUCAUUAGUGGGCUGCCAUUGGACCCAAUGACAGAUUCUUCAUCCUAACAAGUAGAAUUACUGUCUAUGGGGCCUCUGCUCAUCAUAUCCAUAUAUCAAUUUUCUUUAAUA